CUUAGUACAUCGGCGUAUCUGAUUGCAGCUUGCACGAGAAGUUUGACCACAUGCCAUAAUGAGAAUGGCCGCUGCCCUGCGCUGGGCGUUUCAGCGCUGGCAUCCAUCUGCGUAGCUCAGUAGCUGGCGAUAGUUACGGUCCCUGAAAUUCGCGGCGUGGUCGGCACCCAAAGGCGUGUUCGGGAUGGCUUGCAGCCCCAAGCGGCCCGACCCACUUCGCGAUGCCGAGGCGCGCGUGCGAGCGCUCACGCGCGAGGUGGGCACGCUGCGUGAGGACUUGCGGCGGGAAGUCAAGCGGCGGGAGCGCGCCUCGGCCCAGUCUCGCGAGGCCGAGGAUGCCAAGAAGGAGCUAGAAUCGCGCGUGAACGAGCUCGCAUACAGCAACCGCAAGCUGGCGGGGGAGCUAGAUGCGCUGCAUGAGGCGGCACGGGCCGGCGCGGAGCGGGACCGGCGGGCGCUGCGCGGGUUGCGGGAGGGGCUGGCGGCGGUGGAGGCAGCGGUGGCGGCACGAGCACGCAAGGGCGCCACGCAGGUUCGGCUGCUGCAGGAGGCGCAGCAGGGGCUGCGGCAGCUGCUGUUCUCGGGCGGCGCAGCCGCAGCCGCAGCCGCAGGCGGCGGCGGCGGCGGCGGCGCAGCCGCCAUCGGCAGUGACCUGCUAGCCAACGUAACGGGCAUAUCCUCGGCGGCGGCGCCGCGGGCGGAGGCACUGCUUGGCUCGGCGCAAGCGGCGGCGGGGCGGCUGGCGGCGCUGCUGUUGGGGGCGGAAGGCGACGGCCUGCCGGGCGCGGGUGGGGAGGAGGAGGGCGAGGAGGAGGAGGAGGAGGAGGAGAUGGAGGCGGGGCGGCUGGCGGGAGGCGCAGGAGCCGGCGAGGGCGGCAGGCUGGCCUUCGACAUGGAGAAGGAGCAGCUCAAAGACGAGGUGGUUCGGCUGCGGGCGGAGAUGCGGCUGCUGUCCGACAAGGCCGCAGGCUCCGCCAGCUGCGCGGCGCUGGAGCUGGCGGCCUCGCUGCGGGCGGCGCAGGACGAGGUGGGGCGGCUGCGCGGGGAGCUGCUGCACGCCAAUGCGGAGGCGGCGGCGGCGGCCCGGGAGCGGGAGGCGCUGGCGGGCGCGCUGGAGGAGGCGCGGCGCAGGCUGCAGCAGCAGGACGAGCUGCAGAGCGCCAUGGUGGCAGCGGCGCGGCAACAGGAGGACGGCAGCCUGGGCCGCGUGGCGGAGCUCACAGCCAAACGGGUGGCGCUGGAGGGAGAGGUGUCCAGCCUGUCCCAGCAGCUGGCGGCUGUGCGGCAGCAGCUGAUGGCGGCGCUGGGCGAGCGGGCGGAGCUGGAGGCGGCGCUGGCGCAGAGGGAGUCGGAGCUGAGGCUGGCCAGGGCCAACAUCCUGGAGCAGGGCGCAGACAUACGCAGCGCCCUCACGCUCAUCUCCCGCCCGCCCGGGGCCGCAGCCGCCGCCUCCGCCGCCUCCCUUGCCCCGCCGCCCCCACACGCCCACACAAUGCCCACGGGUUCUGCGGGUAUCGGCGCCGGAGGCGCGGCCCUCGGCAGCGGCGGCGGCGGCGCCGCCGCCGGGCUGGACGCUACGCUCGCCGCCGCUUUGGCGCCGUACCAGAACGCCUCUGCGGUCAUAGGGUCCGCCCUCGCGGCCGCGGCUGCCAUCGUCCCUGUGGACUCGGGCGGCACUGCGGGCAGAGGCCCGGCUUGGCCGCCGGGGCUCGCCGGCGCCGGGGCGGGCGGCACUGGAGCAGGCGCCGGCGGCAGUGGCGCAGGAGGCAGUGCUGGUGUUGGUGUUGGUGGUGUUAGUGCGAGUGCGCUAUCAGACAUGACGUCGCUGUUCACGCAGUGGCCGGGGCUCGCCCGCGCCAAGGCAGCCUUUGGCGGAGCCGGCGGCACCGCCGCGCCCGCGUUCCAAGGCCAGGGGCUGGAGGCGCAGCGGAGCUUUUCAUUCGGAGGCGGGGCCGGCGCCGCGUCAGGGGCAGGGGCAGGGGCAGGCGGGUUCUCCGCCAGGGGCCUGCACGUGCCGGCAGCGGCACCACACGCAGCCGACGGUGCCGGCGUCCACGGCUCCGGGGGCAAGCCGUGGAGCUUGAACGCAGGACCGGGACCAGCAGUGGGCGGCGGUGGGGCUGGUUCGGGAGGGGCGGCGGCCGCGCGGUCGCCUCGGCGCCCGGCUGGUGUGCAUGAGGGCUGGAGCCCGCGAGGCGCAGGAGCGCGGGGCGGCGGCGGCGGCGGAGGCGGAGGAGGAGCAGGAGGAGGCGGAGGAGGAGGUCAUGGUCGGGACCUGGACGGCCCCGAGGAGGAGGCGUGGCGGGGCCGGCGGCGUGUGGGCGGCGGGGGUGAAGCGCUGCUAGGGCACGCCAUGCGAGGAGGAGGUGGAGGAGGAGGAGGAGGUGGAGGUGGAGGUGGUGGGAGAGGUGGCGGGGGAGGAGGUGGUGGGUCGGGCAAGGGCCGGCUGGCGGCGCUGCGGCGGGACAUGGCGUGUCUGGAUGACGAGAUUGCGGCCAUGGAGGCGUCGCUGUCGGCGGCGGCGGGGGGCGGGGGCAGGCGCUGAGGGGGACAGAAGGUGGGGUUUAGGUGCUGCGUGUGUGCGUGUGUGUGGGGGGGGGGCGGGGGGUUCGAGGGGAGGGUCAGCAGGCGGCGGGGCGCUUGUGCUGCCGUACGGCGUUUGUAACGAAGGGAUGUAAAGGGGAUCAUCG